GUUUUACAAAGAUAAACAAUUAUCAUGAAUUUAGAUCAGCUGCUUCGCAACAUGCUAUACAUAUAUUGUCUACACUACAACGUGUUAAAAGACAAGCCCGAACGCCAUCUGGGGCAUCUAGGAAAAAAGUACACGUUAGUGGGGGACACCAGAGACGAUAGAUCUAGCACAGACCCAUCUGACACAGUACUAAAACCAAAGGUAAAAGCCAAGAGGAAGUUACUCCCAACUAAACCAAGGCGAAGGACAGUGGCUGAAGUUAUAGCUGAGUCUGUCAGUGCUAUUACUGGUGCAGGAACAGGUCAGGACACAUCACUGGACUCCCGUAGACCUACAGAAGAGUGUCAAGUUGAACACACGUACUGUAAGCCUUUGAUAUCAGCCCAGCCCGGCGCAAAUAAAGAGGAGCAGCAGUCUUCUGCAGUAAAACUUUUGGAAGUACCUGUCACACUUGAUGGUGAUACCAAAGCCCUCACUGGACAAAUUAGAAUCAUGUGUUCCCCAGGCAAGAGUGUAUUAUAUGAUAAGACUCCAGACCACUUGUCAGACACAAAUGUGUUUGCUGCUGCUGUCUGUGAACUGAAAGAAUAUUGUCCGUUGUUAUUUCACGUUAUCCAGGCAGCUCUAGGUGAUAAGAUACCUCAAAGUUCAAAGGUUGCAACAAUUGCCACAAUAUAUGGCAUGAUACUGCACUGCAACAAUAAUAAGGUGUCAGCAGUGCAGAGAUUGUUCACAACAGCAGCCAUAAAGUAUCAUGCCAACAACAAAGUAUAUAUGACUAGCUCUUUCUUACAGUUUUCAGUUCAUUCCAGUUUGCCAAAGUUUGAAGUAAGUUUCAUUGCAGACCAAAGUUGAAAGAAUGCAUACUCUGAUACUAAUAAACAUGAUCGCAUUGCCAGAAUAUAGUAUGUCAACAACUGUUGGUAUAUUCACCAUCUUUUCUUGUGGAAGUUAUUUAAUGAUGUAAAGAUGUAAUAAUUAUAAUGACAACAUCAUUAUGUGGUUAACAUGAAUGCAUUUACUAUGCACCCAUGCAUUCUUUCACCUGACAGGUGUGUGAGAAUAUCGUUUUACAUGCAUGCACAUUUUAUUAUCAAUGAUUGUUUUUUCACGAUUAACUAACACAUGGGAACACUUUACUGACAGCAUGUUUGACAAAGAAUUUAUAUAAAUUACUGGAACAAACAUUUGGAGCAUGUUCAUGAUGUUUACAGUGAAAUAACUACAGUGUAAUGUGACUUUAGCAUGUUUCAGCAUUUCGGAAUUUUGAAUACUGACUUACAUGUAUUUGAUGUAUUUGGUGUGUAAGUUCAGUUACUGUCAAAGAUCUAUUGGACAUAUUAUUUUUGGAUACAGUUUUAAAAUUCAGUUAAUGAAAGUACAUAGGCCUUACACUAUUGAAGACGAACUGAGUUGCUUUCCAUGUGUGAAGCAGGAAUCCCAGUGUAAUUUGAAGAAAGCAUCUGUUGCAAUGUAAUUCCACUUCUUUUGUCAUUUUGGGAUCAUUUCAUGUAUAGUUUUCAAAUCUAAAUCUGACAUGAACUGACAACACCAAAUAUUACAUUGUUGUGAAGUUUUGAUAGUUAAAUAUAAAUUUGUUUCAUGUUUCCUUUUUAUUUGUUUUAGCAUGAUUUUUGCUAGAAAGGAGUGUUUCCCAUGUCAAAGUAAGUAAAUCAGAAUAUUUUUGAAACCCCAGUGUUGAUAUGGUGAAUUCAUGUGCUAAAUUAUAGUAGUUACAGGAGUACCUUCAUUAUGUGAGAUUUACAUCAAAUAAAUAGUAAAGUCAAAGUGAAACAUAGUAGAAAAAGCUCAACAUGAUUGUGUGUAAUUUGACAUUGUUCAUAUUCUUCCUUUUAAUGAAUCAUUGAAUGUCUUCUAUAAUGUUGCAGCUGUUGUCCUUGCUGAACAAAGUUCAUGUCACUCUAUCAGACAAGUCAAAAGAUCAGUUGCUGGACAGCUUUGUCAGUCAUUGUGAGGAAGAUAUCAUCAGAUCUAUUUCAUCAGGAGCUGAUGGAAAGAUCAAUGGGGACAAUCUUGAUCUGAGGGUCAAUACAAAUGAUAUCAGAAUGACCAACAAGUCCAAAGAUUACCACUUCUUUGCCUCAGAUUUUGUUUUGGACCGUGUUAAUGUGAUGCAUCUUCCAGAUAAUGCUCCAAUUGGAAAUACUGACCAGAUUGGUCCAGAUCAUUUUCUCCCAAACCCUGAAGAAAUUAAAAAAUUCAGAAACUGCCUCAAAAUUUUCAUUGCAAGGAAAUUAGUUCAUAACAUUAGUGGACUGUCUUGGAUGAAAAGCAUUCUUCCAGAACAUAUACCCCAUGAUCAUCAAGAGGAAAUGUCAAAGCGAUCAUCCAUAUUCAUCCUUCCAAUAAUGUUGAAGAACGAGUCCAAGUACUCAGACUGCAUUGGCAUCAUGGAUGGUUAUGUGGAAUGGAUAAACCGUUGGUAUGCCAAAGCAGGAAGAGGAUCAGAGUUAGAGCAUUUGCAAGUCCCUGUUGGGGGAGAUCAACUAACCAGAGUUCGUCUUCAAGGGGCCAAGGCCCUAAGGGAAGGAUGCCACACUCAACAGGAGAGAUUUGAGCAACUAGAACCAGUUGUUGUGGAAAUGUUUCACACACUACAGGACUUUCUGGAGAAACUUUGCAAGAAAUUUCUGAAACUCGAUAAGGGUACCGACAAGGGUACGCUAUGUCACCUCAAGAUGGUUAUCCAGAGAACAAAUGUGAAUGGCAAGGUGAAGGUCAGAUUUAAGGCCCACGAACAGUUUGUGGAUGUUGUGGGUACUUCUUAUCUCCUGAAUCUGGCAAUGGAAAAGUUGAACAUGCAAACUAUCAAUGACAGUCCACAUCACCCAGACAUGCCCGAAACCAUUAAGAUGUGGCACAGCAACAAAAAGGAAGAAGUUUUCAACAAGUUCAUGGAUGACAUCAUUGACUCUGUGUUCAUUCGACCACUGCAACAACAAGUUACAUCGAGCUCCAAGACAGCAGAUAUCAGUGUCAUCAUUGGAAUGAACACCAGGAAACUAACCUUGCCCGUUGAGGAUGGAUGGAUCAAGGUGACAGUGCACACACCAGGCAACAGAUUCAUUAUUAGUGUAUCUACAGGACAAGUGAGGAAUGGGGUGUCCGUUACAAUUCCUGGUCUCACCACCCCAGUUACCAUACAAGAGGAUGCAUCAAUGAAUGAUGAUCUGCACAAUUACGCUGUGAAUUUCCUGAACUGGUAUUUUGUUAUUCUUGGCAUGCAAGAGGCUACAAGUGAGGGAAACCUUGAACUUUGCAACAUCGUCUUGAAAUUCAUGACACCACUAUUUUAUUCACACUCAUCCCUGUCAAAAUACAUGACCGAGUGCCUGGACUACAUCCUCAAAACAGAGGUCAUGAUGACUCCACGCAAGUCUCUGAAAGUUAGGGCUGCCUCUUUUGUAAAUCCCACUGGCAGGAGAGGGCACAACAAAGCAUCUGACAUGCAAAAAGAGAAUCAAGUAUUAGUGUUAAAGGACUUGAUCCGUGGAUUAGGUGCAAACAAAACAGAGAAGUCCAUAGUAAAGAUAUCUAAGGUAGCCCCAGUAGUUGAAAGUGUGGUGGACAAUUUACUACUCAUGACAGAUACAACAAACUUCGUGUCAAGGCAUCACAAAAGAUCGGAAACUGAAGAUAUUCUGGAAAUUCUAUCAGUACUGAAAAACAACAAUCCAUGGAAAGUAACACCAGGAAGAGACCUAUCUGGCUUUGCUGGAAUAUGCAAGUCUCCCUAUACUUUCAAUCUGGAAUUGUUCAAGACAAGUGUUGCAAACACUUUGACAAGACUGAAGCAAGGGGUCAUAUUGCAGCAUGGAGAUUGUGAAACCGAAGACGAAGAAUAAUAAAUAUAGAUGUGAUCAGCCAUAAGAGGUUUCCAAUGACAUUAUUUCUUACUGCAUUAUCAAGAUUCCUUACCUUAUUAUAACUUCGUAACAAAGUGUUGAGUAUUUCCAGUUUGGAACACAGAUGUUGACUUCAUUGGCAAUCCCUCAUGCACAGUCAGUAAGAUUGAACAUAUGGUGGGUCUAGGUGAAAAAAGUACAAAGUUAAUGGUGAUUCCGGUUAGGACUUCAACUGUCACAUCCUCCUUAGGAACCAAAUUCAUAUAUGAGUCAUUCUCUAAAAAAGUAACAUUUUGGCCUAUGAAAAAACAACAAAUCAGAAUUCACUUUUGAAAUGUUUUUAUUGAGCUGAUAAAUAACAACAGUUAUUGAAUAUAAGUGUAAAGUGUGCAGGCUUAAUAUGUAUUAUAGUCAGAGGACAGUGAUAUUUUGGAAGGCUCUGGUACCAAGCUAACUUUGUCCUCAAAAUGGUACCAGCAUUUGUCUUUAAGUUUGCGCGUGUCCAGAAGAAACAAUUUGCAUUCCUGUGCUUUCCCAUUUUAUGCAUACAUUCCACAAAAACAUCACCUUGAUCUAUAUCUUCAACAGAACCAAGAUAUGAUAUGUUAUACAUAAUGACAACAUAUUUCCCCAGGCAUUCAUUUGUAUCAACUGGCUGGGUAAUUUCCUUUUGUCUUUCCAUCUAUAUCAUCUGAACUUUGUACCAUUUCCUUACUUGUCUUUUGGUGAAUCUCAUAAUCAUUCAGACUCUUCAUUCUGUCAGCACACACACACCUCCACUCUCAUAGACAGUGUUUGAAGUGAUUAUGUAACAUUACUUUCCUUUAGAGUUGCUAAAUAUGUUACAUUUCUUAAUCAUGUACAAAGGACGAGUAAAAUGAAUAAUUGUUCAUUAUUUCUCAACAUGAUAAAAAAAAAUAAAAUCCUGAAAUGUCUUUGUCACUGAAAAUGUGUCU